UCCAGGUCAACGACCGGCGUAUCCUUGAUGGGAUGUUUGCAGUUUGUGGGGUACCAGACAGCAAGUUCCGAACGAUUUGCUCCACUGUGGACAAACUAGACAAGGCAACAUGGGAGGAUGUGAAGAACGAGAUGGUUGGAGAGAAGGGGCUCUUGCCAGAGGCUGCGGAUCGCAUCGGGGAAUACGUUCAACUGCAUGGUGGGCUGGGUCUGAUUGAGCAGCUGCUCCAGGACCCUAAGUUGUCUCAGAACAAGCUGGCCCGAGAGGGGCUGGGAGACAUGAAGCUGCUGUUUGAGUACCUGACCCUGUUUGGCAUCGCAGAUAAGAUCUCCUUUGACCUGAGCCUGGCGCGGGGUCUGGAUUAUUACACUGGGGUGAUCUAUGAGGCCAUCCUGCUUCAGCCUCAGAAUGCCCACAAGGAGGAGCCGGUCGGUGUGGGCAGCGUGGCUGGAGGCGGCCGCUAUGACGGGCUGGUGGGGAUGUUCGACCCCAAGGGGCGGAAGGUGCCCUGUGUGGGAGUCAGCAUCGGAAUCGAGCGGAUCUUCUCUAUUAUGGAGCAGAAAGUGGAGGCUUCAGAAGAAAAGAUCCGGACUACAGAGACACAGGUUCUUGUAGCGGCUGCACAGAAGAAACUCCUUGAAGAGAGACUGAAGCUCAUCUCUGAGCUGUGGGAUUCUGGGAUCAAGGCAGAGAUGCUGUAUAAGAAGAACCCCAAGCUGCUGAACCAGCUGCAGUAUUGUGAAGACAACGGAAUCCCUCUUGUUGCCAUCGUAGGAGAGCAGGAGCUGAAGGAUGAAGUUGUCAAGUUGCGAGUCGUAGCUACCAGGGAAGAGGUUGAUGUUCGCAGGGAAAACCUCAUUGAGGAAAUCAAGAGGCGAACGUGCCAUCCCUAGCCUUCCAGCCAGCAACACCUGCUAGUUUACUGGAUUUCAACUGAUACGGGGGAAGGGGAAGACAUGUAAAGAUUUCCUCUCUAAAUGCCAGAGUUCUUGCUCAUGACAUGUCAGUGGGGGCACAGGGGUCUUUGAAGCCGUAUUUAUUAUUUUAUCAUGAAUUUAUUUUUCCCAGAGGGAUCAGAGAUGCUGCUUUGCCUUUUAAAGAACAUUGUGCUCCUGGGCGUAGCCAGUGAGAGAGCUGGAGAGGAUGUUUCCCGAGACACUCGAGAAUGCCAGCUGUUGUCCGUAAUCAUUACUGUUACUGGGCAGAGCUGUGGUGCCCUGGGCCAUUAGCAGACACUGAGGCUCUUGGUCACAGCUUCAUGUUCCUUUCUAUUUGAAUAAACGUUCUGCACAGUGUCACUUCUCUGCCUGGAGGGAAAUGACCUCGUCUCAAAGUGUAAAACAUUCAAAGCAAGCUUAAUAAACCUUCUGACAGUCCCA